CCCCUCCUCCUCUGGGUACCAGCGCGACGGAGGGAGAUGCAGUGAGCUCAGCGAGGCUGGCCAGCCCCGGCGUUGGUAGCAAACAAGCCGAGAAACGCGCACCGAGCAGCUCCCGAAGUCCCUCUGCGUCUCCCUUUCCUUCAAGCCCUUCCUCCGGCUGGGAUGGUCUGCUAGGAGGAAGGGGAGCCCGCCAAGCAGCCGAGGGAACAGGGCCCAGGCAGAAAAGGGCUCCGGCAUGGAGUUAAAGAGAUCCAUCUCGGCCAGCAUGGAAGCAGAGAAGCCUCUGAGACGCUAUGGGGCAGUGGAGGAGACGGCGUGGCGAGCCGAGGGGCUUGGGAGAAAUCAGCUUGACAUCAUUUCGAUGGCUGAAACUACCAUGAUGCCCGAGGAGAUAGAACUGGAGAUGGCAAAGAUCCAGAGACUUCGGGAAGUCUUAGUCAGGAGAGAAUCAGAGCUCAGGUUUAUGAUGGAUGAUAUCCAGUUAUGUAAGGACAUCAUGAACUUGAAGAAAGAGCUGCAGAAUUUAGUGGCAAUCCCAGAAAAAGAGAAGACAAAGUUGCAGAAGCAAAGGGAAGAUGAAUUGAUUCAGAAGAUCCACAAACUGGUGCAGAAAAGAGACUUCCUUGUUGAUGACGCCGAAGUAGAGAGAUUAAGAGAGAAGGAGGAAGACAAGGAGAUGGCGGAGUUCCUCCGGAUCAAGUUGAAACCCUUAGACAAAGCCGUGCGAUCUCCAACUAGUGAGUUUUCAAAACUCUUCUAA